AUGGAUCUGAGCCAGCAAUCCAUACAUGAUGUGAUACACCCCACAGCAGCAUUCUCGACAUACAGUCCGCGUGCUCCUGUGGAAGCUACAUCAGCGUCAAACGGAGACAGUCCAUGGGCUGAUUCACUCUUGAAUCCCAAAAACCGCAUUGACAGCCUUUGCCCACCCAAUAAUCCCUUGUGGCGUAUCGACGGAUGUACCGCCUUUGGAACCCAGCUGUAUGCCGUGCCACUGUUUGUGGAUAAGAUGCCUCCCUUUCGGGUAGAUGUCUUCAUUCCCGAGCCGGCAACACUCCCAGCCGACGUCCGCGAUUCUCUCGACCUUGACGUGACCUUCUAUACCAGGGAUUGCGCCCGAAUCUCGAGAUUAGGCAUCACCAGUCAUGUCCUACGCUGUCUGCAGCAUUGGAGCUCAGCCCAGAAGAACAUGAGGAGCAUCUACGAAAAUCUACCUUUCGGCUCGCGAAUCGUGUUUGAAAAUUUGCCGAGGAAGGUUUCAGAAGCGCGUAUUUCUGUCGUUCCCACGCAUUAUCUCGAAAGACAGCUCCUCUCUGUCCAAACGCUGAGCAAGUAUUGGGGCGAGGAGAUCAAGUUACCGCGCACCGUCGACAUCAAUGAUGUUGUGUAUCUGUCUCAGUUACACGACAGUGUCUGUCUCGUGGAAAUAGAAGGCAGGACAUGGAUAUUCAAAGCCUUGACGAGUUACACGAAAUAUCUCUACCACGAGCUCAGACAGCUCCUCAGAAUGCCACCACACCCCGGCGUUGUUUCGCGUCCAGUCCAUCUUAUGACAAAGAAGUGCAGUUUCGGCAAUAAGACGGCAGUCGUAGGGUUCACGUUGGAAUACCACACUUACGGAAGUCUACGUGACCUCAUUCCGUUCAUGCAGCUGCACGGCCAGGUGUCGCUUGCCGAGAAGACAAAAUGGUCCAUUCAGCUUUCCUCGGCCUUGCUACAUCUACACAGUGUCGCACAUUUCUUCUAUCCAGAUCUCAGGUUGGACAAUAUCGUUCUAUCCGAGUCCCGUGAUGCCAUCAUGGUGGACUUUGAGCAGCGUGGCGUUUGGUGCGAGUUUGCGGCGCCGGAAGUCAAUGCAAUCGAGUACAUCCGGCUACUGGCCAUUGACGACGAAAUUGACCCAGAUAUUCGCGACAAAUACGCCGGCAUUCUGUCAGAAAUGCUGCCCGGGUGGGAGCAGAUGGGUCAGGGGGAGGACUACAUCUGGCCCUCGAACGGCUACAACGUGCCGUGGGCAUGCUUGACACGCACCGAAGAGGAGGCUUGCGAGGUAUACAUGCUUGGCAGGGUCCUCUGGUGCAUCUUUGAGGCCAGCAGUGCUCCCCAGCGAGCCGCUGUGUGGCUAACGUACCCGUGGGAGCCACUGGUAGAGUUCCCGUCUUACGCCACAACGCCAGAACCCAUCAGGGAGCUCAUUGACACUUGUACGAGAGGGAGGCAGGUCGGCCUCAGCAAGUACAUUGUCAGGAAGCAGAAAAAGCUGGUAAUGCGUGAUCUGGAGAAUACGGAAGACUCUACCCCUGAGCAGGUUCAACAAACGGCAAGUGCGUGGUGGACCAGGGAGAUUGCGCUGUCAGAAAAAUGGCUGAGUGAGCGGGCAGAGGGUAUGAAGAGGGGAGAUUGGAAUGAAAACUACUAUGACCGGCCCAAGUUGCAGGAAGUUUACGACGCUCUCGAUGCAUUCAAGCGGCAGAGGGGAUUUGCAUUCUAG